ACCGAGUUGAAUUACUCGUGAACCGUUCAUCAGAACAGUCGACAGUAGAUAGUUAGAGGUAGUGUUAAGCGGAAAAUCCGGAAGGAAAAUGCUGCAUCCCACAAAUUGCAAUACAGUGUGGUUCGUACUUUGUAUGAUACUGCCAGUGCUUCUGCAAACCGUGGAAGCCGCGACCUACGAGUGCAAAAAUGAGAAAUAUAUGUCAGAAGACUACUGUGUCUACCGGAACGUUGUGCAUGAUGGACGGAACGCUAUCGAGUUUAAAGCUCCGUCAUCAAAGGAACAGCAUGUCGCGUUUUUGAACAGUAACCUGAGGCACAUCCCGAAGGAGUUGUUGAGUGCGUUCCCCGAUAUGCGUGUGCUGCAUGUGGUCAACAGCAAUCUGACCAGUGUGGUUAUCCCGAAUAAACUGGAGCGUCUGUACGCGUCCAAUAACUUCAUCUCUAAAGUGAUCGUCCAUCAGAGUCCGGCCACCACGACCAUGACCGAGCUGAUGCUCGACUCGAAUCGCCUACUGGACGUCUCGAACAUUACUCGGCAGCUGAAGAAGCUGGAGAUACUGAACCUGAGCGGUAACGAGGAGCUCGCCAAAGCGAAGGCCAUCGACCUAGGUAACUUCGAUGGAAUGAAAAAUUUGCGCGAUUUGUUGCUGGCGGGUGUUGGGGCGUACUACGUGGAUAACGAUCGUGGCGUCAGUUUUCCGGAGCUUAUGCUGCUCGAUCUGUCCAACAACGAUUUGAUAACGUCAAACCUGGCUGUUAAGGUGUUUGCCCCCAUGCCCAAGCUGGAGACCCUUCGUUUGGCGCACAAUAAGAUUACAAAAUUGGAUGUGCUCCAGUUGACGGAAAACAAUAAGCUGAAGGAAAUUUACCUGGAGGGUAAUGAUUUUCCUUGCGAGUAUCAAGCACUUUUGGUGAAACAUUUAAUCGAGUCCCGUGUUGAGUUUCCGGUCGAUCAUAAGAAUGUCGAAUGCAUGCAGGGAUACAUGAAGCAGAAUGAUAUGUGCUGCAGGGGUAGCAUCAUAAUAGCAGAUGAAUCACGAUCUUUAGUGCCAAGCGAGAAUCCUAUUGAUGAAUCUCCCACAAACCAAGAAACCAACCAGGACGGCAUACCAACAACUAUCAUCAAGACCACCGUGCAUACAACCACCGUUCGUACGCCCACAACGCAUGCUCCUUCCGAAGGGGUAGGAAAGGUGAAAGACAGUAAAGACGGUUCCAGUGACGCCCCGAUUCUUACGUUGGGCCACAGUUUGGUGGGCUGUCUUACGCUGGCGAUUGCGAAACUAAUCCUCUUCUAAUCGCCCCCUUCUACGUCAAUCUUCCUGUCUUCGCGUCAGUCGAAUACACCACUUGUUACCCAAGAAUGCUACCGAAAAUUGGAAGUAACCGGGAUAGGCCAUCCAUCUUGCGCAAUGUCCAACUUUCUCGCACCGUCCAUAGCGAGAGUGACUAACGGGAAUAACAUUCUGAAGGUCACCAUGCCAAGGUGGUACAAUUAUCCGGUUAAACAAAAAUAGUAAUAAUACUUUUGAAAUAGUACACAUUUAGAAUUGGAAAAUGAUACUAUCAAUGUCUUUGGAUUUUUUUUUUUACCAGACCCACAUAUUCCCUUUCCAGCGCCCUAGGGUUACCUGAAAAGGAAAAUCCAAAAUGUCUCUGAUUCUCAAAAAAAUCCUGAAGCGAAUGCGAUUGACGACAAGAUGGUAUGACUGGAACAGAUAUCUGUUCCUGAAUCCCUAAUCGAUAACACAUUUCAUAGAAUGAAGGAAAAGUAACGAGCGAGCUUGGCUAAUUUUUGUUAUUAGUUGCGCAACGCAAAUCUUUACCACUUUACAAAAACAUCUUUAGGUGAUAUAGCGUCAUAGGAGGGUAGUAUUCACGUCUGUAACCACCAGACUCUAAAACAUACGGUGAGUAAGGAAAAUAAUUAAUGACGGAGGUCCAAUAACACUGUGAAGAGAGGUUCUAAUAGUGCCCCGCAAUUCCAUAUAUUCUGGCUCCAUUUAGAUGGUAGCAAGUUCUCAAUCCUUUGCUAAUGUCCCUGGAUGUUUACAGUGCUGGAAGCGGUGAUAUUAAAUGUAAAAAAGUAUUCAAAAUUUCCGUAUUUAUUGACGUCUUGGACUAUCGCUAAUGCUGAUAUAUCGCUUGUUUGACCAUCAAUGUGUAGCCAUUUAGUUUUAAGAAAACUUUCCACCUAAAAUUGUCAGCCGUUUGUGAGGUAUAGACUGCAAUGAUAUCCUACAGAAAUGGUUAAUCCAUAGAGGAACAAUUGGAAGGCGUUACAAUUUAACUGCCAAUUACAGUCAUACACAUGAUAGAAACUGAAUGUUUGAAGAAGGAGAUUGAAAGAAAAGGAGAAAUGCAAGUCCCUGCCACAGUGGUAAAUGCGAUUCAGUUCCAACUUUCUCUUUAUCUAUAACUCUAGUCAGCUACAUUAGCAGCGAUAAGGAAGCGGAGGCAGAUAUAAAUAGAAGCUUAAAAUAAUCAAAUAGUUGGAAGAGGACAUCGAAAAAUGCUUCUGGAUUGGGUGGCGGUAUCAUAACGAUUUUUAGCAUACGACAACCCCAUUUUUGUAACAAUAUUUUGUGGAACUGGCCAGGAGGAAAAGGCAUCCGAAUGUCUCGCAGGAAUGAAACAAGUGAUAGAACGUGCAAGUGCUCUUAGUGGAAUAGAUGGGGAACGGGAACUAUGCGAAUAAAUACCAAAAACCGAACCAAACACUUAAAACAAGUAACGUAACAUCUUAAAACCGCACCAAACACUAUCCCCGUACGGUGCCCUUUGCACGCAGGAAAAUGCUCCAAUCCUCACUGACCCACCACCGACGAGAUCGGCAGAAGAUCAAGCAAUUGCACGCGCAACACGACACCCUGUAGCUUAGAAGCACUACUGCGACCACCGCGGGAUGUCCGCAACAUGUCAAAAAUACUUCUCCCUUCUACUCGUAGUAUGUAUGCAUCCAGUAACGCAUAGUGUCCAGACCCUUUCAAAUCCUCCUUAUCUGACAGAGCAAGGCUUUGUGUAGUGUAACGUGCCACUUAGCAUAUGCGUAUUUGGUAGAUAUGAUGUCACCCCCUUGAGCCGCUACUUUUCGCGCAUUCGACAUUGGUAGUUGAGAAAUAUCACUCAUACUCGAACAAUUUAUCGGAAUUUUGCACUGUAUUUCAUGCUUUAUCGUGACAGAAGUAAACGAUUUUAACAAUC